UGCUAUUGACUCGCUGUUCUUGUUGUAGAAAGAUGGGGCGAGGAAAGAUUGUGAUCAAGAAGAUCGACAACAUGACGAGUAGACAAGUGACCUUCUCAAAGCGAAGGACUGGUUUGUUCAAGAAGGCUAAGGAGCUGGCCAUCCUGUGUGAUGCUGAGAUCGGCCUCAUCAUCUUCUCUGACACCGGUCGCCUCUACGAGUUUUCUAGCUCCAACAUGAAGUCUCUGAUUGAGAAAUACAGCAAGGCAAAAGAAGAGAACCAUUUGAUUGUGUUUGCAGCUUCAGAUGUUAAGUUUUGGCAGAAGGAGGCAGCGAGCUUGAGGCAACAAUUUCACAACUUGCAACAAAAUCACAGGAAGAUGAUGGGAGAGGAGCUUUCUGGUUUGAGUGUCGCCGAUCUGCAGAAUCUACAGAACCAACUGGAAUCGAGUCUGCGGGGUGUCAUAAUGAGGAAGGAACAACUUUUAUUCCAAGAGAUUCAAGAACUCGAUCGAAAGGGAAGGCUAAUUGGUCAAGAAAAUAUGGAACUAUACAAGAAGGUAAACUUGAUGAGGCAAGAAAAUGAGCAACUACACAAGAAGAUUUACGAAACAAGGGCGGAGGAUGACACCGAUAGAGCUUCGAGUGUUCGACACAGUUUUAGUGUCACCGACGAAACAUACAUGCCCAUUCAACUUCAACUAAGCCAACCACAAACUGAAUGUCACAACUCAGGAAGACAUCAGCUGCACUGAAAGAUGGCUCCAAACUGUGAUUGUGAAUGUGAAGAUCUAGCAGUUAUUGAAAAUUCAGACUGUUUGUUUGGUGUAUUUUAAGGGUUAUUGAAUAGGUCUUUGAAACCUUUGUAUGAACUAGGCAAACUUCAUAAAAGAUCUUGAACGGAUCCAUGAUCCAUGGAC